ACCUGCGCGCCCAGGACCUCCGCGCCGAGCGCUCCGCCGCGCAGCUGUCCCUGUCCAGCCGCCUGCAGCUGACCCUGUACCAGUACAAGACGUGUCCGUUCUGCAGCAAGGUCCGCGCCUUCCUGGACUUCCAUGCCCUGCCCUACCAGGUGGUGGAAGUGAACCCUGUGCGCAGGGCCGAGAUCAAGUUCUCUUCCUACAGGAAGGUGCCCAUCCUGUUAGCGCAGGAAGGAGAAAACUUGCAACAGCUGAAUGACUCCUCUGUUAUAAUCAGCGCCCUCAAGACCUAUCUGGUGUCAGGCGCCUAGAGGAGGUCAUCGCCUGCUACCCACCCAUGAAGGCCGUGAAUGACCAGGGCAAGGAGGUGACUGAGUUCUGCAACAAGUACUGGCUCAUGCUGGACGAGAGGGAGGCCCAGCGCAUGUAUGGCGGGAAGGAGGCCCGGACGGAGGAGAUGAAGUGGCGGCAGUGGGCGGAUGACUGGCUGGUGCACCUGAUCUCCCCCAAUGUGUACCGCACGCCUGCCGAGGCCUUGGCCUCCUUCGACUACAUUGUCCGUGAGGGCAAGUUCGGGGCGGUGGAGGGCGCCGUGGCCAAGUACAUGGGUGCGGCUGCCAUGUACCUAAUCAGCAAGCGACUCAAAAGCAGGCACCACCUUCAAGAAGAUGUGCGUGAGGACCUCUACGAGGCAGCCAACAAGUGGGUAACUGCUGUGGGCAAAGACCGGCCCUUCAUGGGUGGCCAGAAGCCGAACCUCGCUGAUCUGGCUGUGUAUGGUGUGCUGCGAGUGACGGAGGGCCUGGAGGCUUUCGACGACUUGAUGCGGCACACGCGCAUCCAGCCCUGGUACCUGCGGAUGGAGAAGGCUAUCGCAGAGGCCUCCCCAGUGCCCUGAACGUCCCCACCCAGAGGAGGGGCAAGGCAGCGAAGACGCCAGUGGUGGGGGCCAAGGCCACUGCACAUGGUGAUGCUGUGGGGGGCGGGCAGGGUCAUCCUGCUUCUUGCCACCCCCACCACCCAGCCUCCAACACUGAAUGCUUGCCAGGGCCCUGGGAUGCUGGGAACAAGGCCCGGGUUUAUUCACAAACCCCUGAGGGUCAUGGGGGGCAGGCUACCUCCCCCUCCCUCCCCUGGCCUCCCCAGUCUCCUGCCCUUCUCCUGGGGCCCUCCGUGGCUGUCCCAUGAUUAAGCACUGUGGGUGGGGUUUGUCUGGACUCCGCCCUCGGCCAUGGCCACACCUUGUGGGCAGGGGCAGCCUGAACUCUGACCCUGACUGGGCAGUAGGAUGGUGUGUUUCGGGGAGCACCCCAGCCCUGUCUCCCCUAGUUCUGGCUCUUCCCAAGCACCCCCUGGAACUGGGUCAUGUUUGCAAUAAAGAAAUGGUGUGCUGCUUCCCA